AUGAUCCCUAGGAUUAACCAGUUUGACCUACCCUCCCAGAGCCUGCAACAUGAGGUGAACAAGGGCCAGGAAUUCUACCAGGAAAUUGGCAGCAACAUAAAGGAAGCUGAGAAUCUGAUGGAGAGAAUGAGAGACUGUGGUCAAAAGCCAAUCGCUCAACUGGCCCAGUACAUGGAGAGCCUGAAACAUCUCCGACAUCGGUGGUGCAGGGUCAACCAAGGGAUAGACACCAGGGUAAUUAUACUGGAGGACAUCUUUCAGAAGCUGAGCAGGUACCAGCAGUGUCACCAGCAGCUGCUCACACAUUUUCAGCGUGAUGGUAACAUGGGACAGAGCAACACUCCUGGUGAAAAGGAACUGGAGCUGCUGAAGGAGUUAGUGGAAUCAGCAGAACAUUAUGGGGCAGCUUGCAAGGUAAUCCCUCACUGGGAAUCCCAGCAACAGAGUUACAUAAGGAUCUGUGCAGUUUCAGACAUGGUUCUCACAGAGACCUCAUAG